UCAUUUUAUUACCGUUUCGUUUCAAUUUGACAAGCUUUAAAUCUACGCCGAUCUGGCAGUGUCACUCCCAACUAUAAUAACUACCAGGUAAUCCCUAGGGUUUUUCAAAGCCAAACAAAUCCCACAUUUCCAAAAUGUCAUUUGAUUCAACGCCGCCGGCGGUGGAGAAGCUCACCCUAAACGCCGCCACCGUAGAUGAAGCCAAAUUCUCCCAACGCGUCCCGAUCCGUUCAAUCAUCGGCCGUCCUGACGGCGGAGCUGGACUCGCCGGAAAUGUGGUCAAAAUCGGCGGCUGGGUAAAAACAGGCCGAGAACAAGGCAAAGGUUCAUUCGCGUUCCUCGAAGUGAACGACGGCUCUUGCCCGGCGAAUCUCCAAGUAAUCGUCGAUGCUUCAGUUCACAAGCUCGGUGAUUUGGUACUUACUGGUACUUGCGUACACGUUGAAGGUGAAUUGAAGGUACCUCCUGAAGGCGCGAAGCAAAAAGUUGAACUUCAUGUCCAGAAGGUUCUAUCUGUCGGUACUGUUGAUGCUGCCAAGUAUCCAUUGCCGAAAACUAAGUUAACGCUUGAGUUUUUAAGGGAUUUUGUUCAUCUUCGCCCCCGAACUAACACGAUUUCUGCCAUUGCAAGAAUCCGUAAUGCCUUAGCUUAUGCCACCCAUACAUUCUUCCAGAAGAAUGGGUUUCUUUAUAUCCACACUCCAAUCGUCACAACAAGUGAUUGUGAGGGUGCUGGUGAGAUGUUCCAAGUUACUACUUUAAUAAACGAAGCUGAAAAAUUGGAGAAGGAGCUGAAAGAGAAUCCUGCUCCUUCAGAAUCUGAGAUUAAAGCUGCUGAGCAACUUGUCAAAGAGAAAGGUGAGGCAGUUGCUCAGUUAAAAGCUAAUAAGGCGAGCAUUGAGAAAAGCGGUGCCAGUAUUGUGGACAUCAACAAGCAAAUCAGUGCUGCAGUUGCUGAGCUGCAAAGAGCUAAAGAGAAUCUACUGAAGUUGCAAGAGAGAUUUAAACUGGGAGAAAGGUGUAGACUCUCUGCUGGUAUUCCCAAAAAGGAUGGAAAGGUUGAUUACUCCGAGGAUUUCUUUGCACGGCAAGCUUUCUUGACUGUGUCUGGCCAACUCCAAGUUGAAACCUAUGCCUGUGCACUUUCUAGUGUGUAUACUUUUGGACCAACUUUUCGAGCCGAACAGUCCCACACUUCUCGGCAUCUUGCGGAGUUCUGGAUGGUGGAGCCUGAAAUAGCUUUUGCAGAUCUCCAGGAUGAUAUGAAUUGUGCUGAGGCAUAUGUGAAGUUUCUGUGUCAGUGGUUACUUGACCAUUGCCUUGAUGACAUGGAAUUUAUAACUAAGUUUAUAGAUAAAGAUGCUCUGAGUAGACUUAGAAUGGUUGCCUCAUCGAACUGUUACCGAAUAACUUAUACAGAAGCCAUAGCCAUUCUUGAGGUAGCAGCCAAAGUGAAGAAAUUUGAAAAUAAAGUAGAAUGGGGUAUUGACUUAGCAUCUGAACAUGAAAGGUGGGAGAACUAAUUGGAGGAAGCCAAAGAGAAGAGGAUUAUGAGGUCCUCAGAACAAGGAUACUGGAGAUGGGUUUACCACUAGAGCCAUAUGAGUGGUAUCUAGACCUGAGGCGCUAUGGUACUGUGAAACACAGUGGUUUCGGUUUAGGCUUUGAGCGAAUGAUUCUUUUCGCCACUGGGAUAGAAAACAUUCGGGAUGUCAUUCCCUUCCCCAGAUAUCCAGGAAGAGCGGAUCUCUAAAUGAAAUUGAUGGUCAAGGGAUGCCUAGUUUUUGGAAAUUAUGACACCAUUUUCUAGCAUUGUAAUUGUUAUUACAAAUUUCAAUCAAAUUCAGAUACAGGAACCUAUAUUAUCUUAAGAUAUCUCGUGAGUGGUUGGUUGCUUUGGUUUUGUUAGGUAUAUCUCCUUAACUAGAUGUUUGGAUGGACGCCAACACAUGUAGACGUUCAUGUAUCUUGACCGGCGUGAAAUAUAUCUUUGUUUCUGGUAAUGCUUUGUUACUUA